AUGGAUACGGAUACUGACAUGAGAAGAGAAUUAGAAGGUAUGCAAGAAAAAGCCAACAGAGUUACUGAUGAAUCUUUAGAAAGUACGAGAAGAAUGGUAGCCUUAACGGAAGAGACGCAAGAAGUUGGAAUGAGAACAUUAGUUAUGCUGGACGAGCAAGGAGAACAACUUGAUCGUAUUGAAGAAGGCAUGGAGCAAAUUAAUGCUGAUAUGCGCGAAGCCGAAAAGAACCUGACUGGCUUGGAAAAAUGUUGUGGUUUAUGCGUUUGUCCAUGGAAAAAGGCAAGAAAUUUUGAAAAAAAUAAAACCUACAAGGAUACUUGGGGAGAACGAGAAGACGGUCCAAUUCAAAACCAACCAGCCCCAAUCUUUACCAACACCGGCACAUCCCAAGAUCGUGGCUAUAUUAAUAAAAUUACCAACGACGCUAGAGAAGAUGAAAUGGACGAAAAUCUCAGCCAAGUUGCUGGCAUGAUAGGUAACUUAAAGUCGAUGGCACAAGAUAUGGGUAACGAAUUAGAUACCCAAAAUAAGCAAAUCGGUCGCAUUGAAAAUAAGGCUACAAUGAACAGUUCACGUAUCGAUGAAGCUAACGUGAGAGCAACAAAUAUCUUACGCAACCAGUAG